AUGGCGAAGCACGGAGUCAAGUUAAUCACCCUCAGGGACUGCUUUGAGUUUCUGCAUUGGCUGCAUGAUGAUAGUCGUAUGCAACACCGGGUGGCCACAGAACUGGUUAGACGUUAUGGAAAUUCUUAUAAUCGUAUUUUGUUUACGGGCAAGCUGCCAGCUGAUGUCUCCGAAUUCCUCGAACGCGCGUCCACGUUCUAUAAGAAAUUAGUAGCUACACCAAUUGAGAAAAGUUAUGUCAAUCCGAGAGCAAACGAUGUCACCGAUGCGCUUCUAGAGUGUAUGCCCAAGUUCCUCGCCGCUUUGUAUUUUUUGCUCUACAAUGUGGAUAGAUGGUUCGAAGCAGUGGGAGGAGGGAAGUGGAGGUAUAAUUAUCCUGGGUGGGAGACUACUUGGGUGAGAUAUCUGUGGGAUAGAGAGUGGGGUGGUGAACUGCAGAAUUAUCUCAGGGCGUCCGGAUCUUAUCAGUUCGACGUUAUUCCAGGUGGAUUCGGCCCCGGAGAGGUGACGUAUGGUUAUGACUAUGGUUCUCGCUAUGGUUACUGGUACGGUGAGAGCAUGGUAGAUGACCUACAGAAGAUUUUGUACAAACAUAAUGAUAAGUACAAUUAUUUCCGGGACGUAUUUUUUACAACAGUCAUUUCUAAAUCCGGCUUACAGAAAUCGAACACUGCGAACGUUCUUGCAUUGGUGAAAACGUUUUGCCAAAUCGUAAUUGCGGAAAAGAACCCUGAUGGUGGAAGCUUGAAAGCAGCUUUGGAAAAGGAGCUUAAAAGUAGCAAAAAAUGCAUAGAUUGGGAAGAAUUAAAACAGCAUUGCAAAACUCUUGAGCAGCAACUUGGCAAGUUGUUCAAUAUCGAAGGCUUUUCCUUCACCGGCCAGGCGCGGCGUGUUGAUGAGCUUAACACUGAUACAUUUGCGGGGGAGACAGCGGAAUGGUUUAGAAAUAAUUUGCACGAAGUUCAACAUAAUGUGAAACAAAUAGAUACAAAAUUCCCAGUCGACAACACUCGACAUUUGAAUUAUCUUCAGCAAUUUGCAACCAAAAACAUAUUCCCCUACGGUUUUAUAUUUGGUAAAGACAGAUAUGGAACGCUGGGAGACGCGUGGAAGACGUUGUCAGAUCAUUGGCCCGGUGUCAUAGAUAUGCUUGGCAAAAAUGGUGGCGGCUUAGCGGAGUUAAAAAGAAUUCUGGAUGGUGGACGGUGCCGUCCGCCGGCUCCCCCUCCCAAACCCCGACCUAGGCCGGCGCCUGCGCCCAGGCCCCCGAGGCCUGCCAGACCUGCGCCUACACAAGGGGCUUCCAGAACUUCGGCUGGAAUGACAACCGGUGCAAGGCAUCUUGGGGGUUCGUUGUCUCGUGGGAGUCCUGUUUCUGGUGCUAGAGGAGGAAAUACUGGAGGGGGAGGGCAUAACCAUAGAAGAGGGGGGCAAAACAGGGUAAGGGGAUCGGGGGCUCAGAGAGACAGAGGACGAGGCCCAGGGCCUCGAGGUGCUCCAGGUGCUAAGGGCGCACAGAAGAGCAGUGUUCCAGGGCAUACGGGAUCUACUAAGCCCCAACCCUUACAAUCUCAAAAUGAUCUCCAGUGUCAUCCUCAACAACCUCCACUUGUUGCCUCCAGUGCUCCUGGAGACCCUGCCAUCCCUCCUAAGCCAGGUGGUCCGGGUGCGGGUCCACCGGCCGGUGCUGCUCCAAGUCUAAACCCUGGUUCCCCUCAAGCCGCUGUGCCUCCUCGGAUUCCGAGCGUUACAGGUUCAAACACUGAGACAACUGGUGGUCAGGGGACUGCGAAAAAUGCUGGUCAAAAUGUUGGUAACGGCCCUACUCAACCAACAAGUCAAAGCUCCGAUCACGGUUCAAGCGGCGGCGGUACUGCUCCGGGUGCCACGGGGCCUGGUUCAGGUGGAGGGAGUCCGCCGGCUAAAAAGUGUAAAGAUAGUAACUUUAGUACGCUGUGGACAAGUCCCACGGAUUACUGCGUCCCAAAACGUACAUUCCGUAAGCCGCAUCCCUUCAAGUUCAAGAAUCCUAAAGCUCUCGAUAUAAUCCAUGAGCAGACCAAGAAUUAUUCACAGCCAACACCUCACAAUGUUGAUCCACAAGAUAACCAUAUAGCUCCCUCCCAAGACCUAAGUAGGUCUCCCACUCACUCCCCUCAACCUGCCGGUCGGCAUCCUGGCGCAGGGCUUCCGACUCCUCAGCCAGAUACUGCGGAUUACCUCGGUGGAGAACCCGUGCCGGAGCCGAUGCCGCGGGAAGCGGUAGCAUUAGAAGGUAAGGAGGUCGCAUCCUGGCCUCAAAUGAAAGACGAUAUGCAGGAAGAACAAAGGCAGGAAGUUGGAAAGAAAACGUAUGAAGAAUUUAUUCAGAAACAAAAAGAAAAGGAAGACCUUCAAAAAAUGAUGCGAAUCAUGGAAAAUAAUUUCAAUCUAUCUCAAAAGCAAUUGGAGGCUGAAGCACAAAAAGACAAACAGCGACAGAAUGAACAGAAAUAUAAGGACAAGAUAAACAGAGACAUAUACAACACAAUGGUAGGAAAUCCUAUUUUGUCAGAUGAUGCAUCUUCUCUGCCGCUUAUACAGUACAUUGAUCCACCCCUGCCACCUAAACCGGAUUUUUGUGGCCAACCAAUCAACGAUACGCGCAAGGUAUCGCAUAUGACAAGGAAGGCUUUCGAAAUUGUAGACCCCGUGGCACCUUAUCCCAUCUCUGAAAUUAAAACCUAUCGCAUGCCGCCGUCUCCCAAAACUGAGAAACAAGAAAUUGACCUCCACAUCGACGUCACCAAGCGCAUUGUUCAUGACCCCGUGUACGAUUGGGAUUUCGAUGAUGACUCGACGCAUAUUAAGCAUGAUGCACUGCCCGUACCUGCGGAUACGUACAUACCUAAAAUCUCAUUAAAUCUUCCGCCUCCAGAAGCGAAGCAGUCUGUGCCUCCCAUAGAGAAGCCAAAGAUAAAUACAGUCGAAUUCGAAGACACAUGCCCUGUUCCUUGGCUCACCCAGAAACCUACGUACGACUCUACGGAUAUCCCCGAGACGGAGCUGUUCCCCUCCGAGGCGCCGCGCACGGUCAGGGAUAUGCUCAUUUGGAUGGCCGGGCUGCAGAACCCGAAGCACCAAGAGACUCUGAAACAGUGUAUUAACAACGCUUUCAAGCGCGGCGAUGAUGUCUCUGCCAGCCUCACACUCCCAGUCAACAAUUCUAGCAUUACCGCCAAAGAUGUCAUCGACACCAUUAAGUUUGCCGCCAUGUUUGCAGCCUCAGUGCUCUCCGCCAUUGAGCCCAAGUGGAGGAUGGCGGUGCCGUCUGUAACUUCAGCGUCCAAGGACCCUGAUUGCUGCGCCCUCCUCUGCCAGCUGCGGGACUACGUCUACGCCUGCUGCCACCAGUUGGAGUUCCUAAAGGCGCAGUGUAAUCGGAAGGAAUCUGAAGGUGGUUGGCAGAAUUGUCAAUAUGGCAGUGGUCUAUCUUAUCCCAAGUCCCCCCUCCAAGCCUUCCUGACUGACGCCCCCGACUCCAAGUUCGAGACACAUCCCUUCGACCCGUGCAACAUCUGCCUCAAGAGCCGUGUCAAGAUGGGAUUCAGAGAGGAGGAUUUGCCUGCAUCUCAGCAAACCGGCAAACAUAUUUCCACCAUCCUCUCUCCCAGCUGCGGCGGCGAGGAUCCCCUGCUGACAUUGUCCUCUUACCUCAACUGCCUCACCAGACGGACGCCGCGCACCACCGGGGAGCUCGUCUCAUUCAUCCACCUUUUCGGGAAUUUGCUGCACAGGCAUCCUUCAACGUUGUCCACGCUGGGCUCCGCCCUCUCCACUCCACAUGGCCACUGCCCCGACUGGGACACACUCAAGGAGGCCGACCUCCGAGUCAUCAAGGACAUCCGAGGCUCCGCCCCUCCCAACUCCAACCACCACGACAGUGCCCAUCCCAAUACCCUGUCCACGCUGCUUGGCUGCGGCAUCACUAACGCCAACUGCCAACAACUGAUGACGCCCAUAACCUACCGGGCCUACGCACUCUACUCACCGAGCUUCGCCCACACCUACCUCAGCUGGGCGGUGUACCUGGCAAACAGACUGUGGGAGUCACUGGUCAAGCUUCACUGUGAUCUCGAGAAGCUUCAAUGUCACGACUCCAAAUCCAAUCCCCUCCACCAGUGUGACAAGGCCCUGCCCCUCCUCUACACUCACGGGUUCACUCCGCCGGACGGGACGUUGCAGCCUUCACUCACGUGUUCACAGUUCAUCGCCAAGCUGUGGGAAGUGGUCGCCGGACAGCCUAUCGCAGACCUCAUGACCGCCAUGGAAGCUUUCCUCUAUCGCAUCCGUGCCCCCUUCAUCUACACCAUCAUCACACUCUGGCUCACCACCACGCUCUACAUCCUCCACUCACUCCUCUACCGCAUGGACAUUUUGUGCAUCCGCUCGCAUCUCUUCACCACCAGGGCCUCACACCUCAUCGACGUCAAGGCUUUGCUCGCCGGCAGCCGCAGGAUGCUCUCGCUCUACAAGGACGUCCACUACUUCGACGACGACUUUCACUCUUGA